AUGGCAGGCCCGAGGUACAAGCCGUUUCAGUUCAUCUGGAACAGGUUUAGCUACAACGCAUUCCACAUCCGCCGCGAGCGCCUCUAUGAUCGGCUUUAUGCUGUUGUUGCAGCAACGAUGAUUGGCUUUACUGUUUUCCAGGGCGCCAACAUCAUCUACAUUUGGCAAGACGCUAAAACCCGCAAGGAAUUGGCGGAGAUGAUCCGCAUCGCCAGAGAAGAGGGGCGGCUGCCGCCAGCCCCCGACAGCAGCAGCAGCAGCAGCAGCAGCAGCAGCAGCAGCAGCGAUUGA